UCGGGUGCGCGCGCGCGCCGCUGCCCGCUUGCUUGCCUGCUAAAGGCUGUUCGUUGGUUUUGACCGGCAAGCGGGCGCCAAGAAGCUGGAUCCCGAUAUCUUAGAGACCGCCGCGGAAACCGAGGAGUGAGUCGGAACGCGGUGGACCCUCUACAGGACUUGGGGCUCCAGAGAUUAUUUCUCUUUAUUCAGAAGCAUAGAUUUGUUUGCUGAUUGCAAGAAGAUGUUUCUUUGGCUCUUUCUGAUUGUGUCAGCCCUGAUUUCUUCAACAAAUACUGAUUCUGACAUAUCAGUGGAAAUUUGCAAUGUGUGUUCCUGCGUGUCAGUAGAGAAUGUGCUCUAUGUCAACUGUGAGAAGGUUUCAGUCUACAGGCCAAACCAGCUGAAACCACCUUGGUCUAAUUUUUAUCACCUCAAUUUCCAAAACAAUUAUUUAAAUAUUCUCUAUCCAAAUACAUUCAUGAAUUUUUCACAUGCAGUUUCUCUGCAUUUGGGAAAUAAUAAGCUGCAGAACAUUGAGGGAGGAGCCUUUCUUGGGCUCAGUGCAUUAAAGCAGUUGCACUUGAACAACAAUGAAUUAAAGAUUCUCCGAGCUGACACUUUCCUUGGCAUAGAGAACUUGGAGUAUCUCCAGGCUGACUACAAUUUAAUCAAGUAUAUUGAACGAGGAGCCUUCAAUAAGCUCCACAAACUGAAAGUUCUCAUUCUUAAUGACAAUCUGAUUUCGUACCUUCCUGAUAAUAUUUUUCGAUUCGCAUCUUUAACCCAUCUGGAUAUACGAGGAAACAGAAUCCAGAAACUCCCCUAUAUUGGCGUUCUGGAACACAUUGGCCGGGUUGUUGAAUUGCAGCUGGAAGAUAACCCUUGGAACUGUAGCUGUGAUUUGUUGCCUCUAAAGGCUUGGUUGGAGAAUAUGCCAUAUAACAUUUACAUAGGAGAAGCUAUCUGUGAAACUCCCAGUGACUUGUAUGGAAGGCUUUUAAAGGAAACCAACAAGCAAGAAUUAUGCCCCAUGGGCACAGGGAGUGAUUUUGAUGUUCGCAUUCUGCCCCCAUCUCAACUGGAAAAUGGCUUCACUACUCCAAAUGGUCACACUACUCAAACAACCUUGCACAGAUUAGUGACCAAACCACCCAAAACAACAAAUCCUUCCAAAAUCUCUGGAAUAGUGGCAGGCAAAGCCCUCUCCAACCGAAAUCUCAGUCAAAUUGUGUCAUACCAAACAAGAGUGCCUCCUCUUACACCUUGCCCGGCACCUUGCUUUUGCAAAACACAUCCUUCUGAUUUAGGACUGAGUGUGAAUUGCCAGGAGAAAAAUAUACAAUCCAUGUCUGAACUGAUACCAAAACCUUUAAAUGCCAAGAAGUUGCAUGUCAAUGGCAAUAACAUCAAAGAUAUGGACAUUUCAGACUUCACUGAGUUUGAAGGACUGGAUUUGCUCCAUUUAGGCAGCAAUCAAAUCACAGUGAUCAAAGGUGAAGUGUUCCACAAUCUUACCAAUCUGCGCAGGCUUUAUCUCAAUGGCAACCAGAUCGAAAGGCUGUACCCUGAAAUAUUUUCAGGCCUUCACAACCUGCAGUAUCUGUAUUUGGAAUACAAUUUGAUUAAGGAAAUCUUAGCAGGCACUUUUGACCCCAUGCCCAAUUUGCAGCUACUGUACCUGAACAACAAUCUCUUAAAAAGCCUGCCAGUUUACAUUUUCUCUGGAGCACCCCUUGCUAGACUGAACCUGAGGAACAACAAAUUCAUGUACUUACCUGUCAGUGGAGUCCUUGAUCAGUUGCAGUCUCUUACCCAGAUUGAUUUAGAGGGCAACCCUUGGGACUGCACUUGUGACUUGGUAGCAUUAAAGCUGUGGCUAGAGAAGCUAAAUGAUGGGAUUGUUGUGAAAGAACUGAAAUGUGAGACUCCUGUUCAGUUUGCCAACAUUGAACUGAAGUCCCUCAAAAAUGAAAUCUUAUGUCCUAAACUCUUAAACAAGCCAUCUUCACCAUUCACAAGCCCUCCACCUGCAAUUACAUUUACCACUCCAUUGGGUCCCAUUCGAAGUCCUCCAGGGGGUCCAGUACCUCUGUCUAUUUUAAUCUUAAGCAUAUUGGUGGUCCUCAUUUUAACUGUGUUUGUUGCAUUUUGCCUUCUUGUUUUUGUGCUGAGACGCAACAAGAAACCCACAGUGAAGCACGAAGGUCUGGGGAAUCCUGAGUGUGGCUCCAUGCAGCUGCAACUAAGGAAGCAUGACCACAAAACCAAUAAAAAAGAUGAACAGAGCACAGAAGCAUUCAUUCCACAAACCAUAGAACAGAUGAGCAAGAGUCAUACCUGUGGCCUGAAAGAGUCUGAAACUGGGUUCAUGUUUUCAGAUCCUCCGGGACAGAAGGUCAUGAUGAGAAAUGCUGCUGACAAAGACAAAGAUUUACUGCAUGUAGAUACCAGGAAGAGACUGAGUACAAUUGAUGAGCUGGAUGAACUAUUCCCAAGCAGAGAUUCCAAUGUGUUUAUUCAGAAUUUUCUUGAAAGCAAAAAGGAGUAUAACAGCAUUGGUGUCAGUGGCUUUGAGAUUCGCUAUCCAGAAAAACAAGAUAAAAAAAACAAGAAGUCACUGAUAGGUGGUAACCACAGCAAAAUUGUUGUGGAACAAAGGAAGAGUGAGUAUUUUGAACUGAAGGCAAAACUUCAGAGUUCCCCUGACUACCUACAGGUCCUUGAGGAGCAAACAGCUUUGAAUAAGAUAUAGGCCAUGUAAUCCGACUUCAUACAGAGGACAUUAUUUAAUGAUGAAAGUGCCUUUUGUUGACUUCUAAUUUCCAAAUACUAUAUUAUCAUUAGGCAUAGAGGCAGGUGUUUCUGAGGGUAUCUGAUUAACUGUAGCUCUAAAGAUGUGUCAAGUAGAAGAGAAUUUCCUUAAUAGAUUUUACUACAUAAAACCUAUACUGUGGAGUCCUGUGGGGAUACUGCAAACUCUAUUGCCAAAGGGAUGCUUUAUAAAUAUAAUAUACUGAAUUUAACCUUAAGAGGCAAAUCAGUUUUGUACUCUUUUUGCUUUGUAAAGCAAACUCAAGAAAACUGGUACCAGUGUUUGUACCUCAGCUGGGUCCUUCAUCUUGCACGUAGAUUAAGUUGGUGAAACUGGAAUAACCCUUCUUGAUUUGUGGCAUUGUAACAACUCUGUGUAACGAUUACCUGAAAAGUGUACAAAACAAGCAUGCAAAGAGAGAAUAUUUGAUAGUAUUUGUAAAUUGGUAAAAUAUAUGGCCUGCAUCUUGAAACUGCUGGAUUUAUAAUGUUAAAUUGUGCAAAUACUUGUUUAAAAUAUAUCAUGCAUUACAUAACUAUAAAAUACAUUUGAACACUUUAAAUAUUACCUGUCUAUACAUAAAAUCCUAAAGGAGAAAAAAUAAAUGUGAGUUGCAUAGCAUUUGUGGUGAUCUAGAGAAAAAUAUGAUGUUUAUCAGAAUUAAACAUGGCUCAAAUUAAACUAGAGUUUGUUCUCAGUUAUGUCAAAUACCCACAAUCCUUAAAGGUUGUCCCAAAUUAGCAAAGUGCUUACCGUGUGAGCGCACCCAAAGCUAUUUUUGUAACAUAAUUCAUAUUUAUGAAGUACUUUAUAUACUAAAUAGGAAACCAUGUACUCCUUAAUAUGUAUUUAAUAUGCCCGACUUAUAUUCCUGAUCACAGCAAAUUUAUCAGUAAGUAUAAAUUGCGAUAAGAAAAAAACAUUAAAAUGAAACUGAAGCUAAUGUGUACAGAAAUAUUUUGGGCUCUCUGAUCAGGUGUAAUUUAAAAGUAGAAAAAAAUACAAAAAAUACCCACAAAAUUUUAAAAAAAAUCUGUGCUAUUCUUGUGAAUUUAGCGUAUUAUCUUCAGAUUUGUUACCAACUGUGCAUUUUAAAAUAGGCUCCUUAGUUUUAUAGUAUUGUGUCUGGGGCAGUUGUUAUUUGCCAUCAAUUGUCUUGCAUUUCAGGAUUCUAUGAGCUUAAUUCAAAUAGUUUUAAUUACAAUAUUUAACAAAAUAAUGACUAAGGUUAAUAUAUCUUAUAUGCAUCAAUAUCCUGUUCUUUCAUCAUUCUGACUACUACCAGAUAAUCUAGUAGAACUGUGAACAUCACAGCAAAUCUUGGCUAUCAAAGCCACAGUGUAAAAUGCUUGCACUGGACUCGGAUGAAUUCAUGAUCUACAACUACAGCUGAUAUGCCCCUGUGUUUGUAUGUGCUGUUAAGUUCUAGAUCAAAAUUGAUCAAAUGAAUGAAGUAUUUGAUAAUUUGUUGAUAUCUGAAGAUGUUUAAUAUCUCUGAUUAGAAAAUCAAUAUUCUGAAACUCAUUGCCUUUGCCUUCUUGUCCAGUUUUGUGUGCGUGUGCGUGUGUGUGUGUUGUGGUGUGAUUAAUUAUUGUAUUAUUCAGUAAGGAAGCCAAGAAAGCAAACAGGUAUUCUUCAUGAAUUUCAAGUGGCAGAUAUUUUGGUGUAGCUUCUAAAAGGAUAUUACAGUUAACGUUGUAACAGCAAUCCCUUUAUUAAAUACUAAUUUCAAGAUUUUAUUUGUUGGUUCCAAUUUUUUAAAGAAAAAAAUAUGUGUGUGUGUGCACGCAUGUGUAUUUGGGUGUAUAUUCAUAUAUGUAGUUAAUUUGGAGGUUUUUUUUAGAUAGCAAAUAAAAUCUCCCUAUGUAUGUGCUGGUGCUCUUAAACUUUAAUGUGUAAUUUUCAGUUUCAUGACAAUCUGUGAAACUUUACAUAGAUAUAAGUACAUCCAAACAAACAAUGCUUUCUGAUCUUGAAAGAAAAGAAGUGCGUUCAAAUGCUAAUUUUCAUCUGCAGUUUCAUAAGGACAUUUAAUAUGCCAUUACCAUGCAUGCAUGCAUCCAUGGAUUAAAGGGCUCCUAAUGCACACUGACAAGAUAAAGAUGUGAAGGCUUCCAACAAAGUGUUUUUGUUUUUCCUGUCAAUAAAGUGUGAAUUCAGAAAUCUUAAAUGGACACUUAUAGGAGGAACCAGUAAACUCCAUGCAUAAUCUGGGACUAAUAGGUUGUUGGGAUCAUGCCUUUUCAUUCAGUAUGAUGAUGCUUGGAAGAUGUUUCAAGGUUUCUGCAGAAUUGUCAGCGGCAAGAGUACCUACCACCAUCUCAAAGCUUGCUGUAGUAUAUCAGCUAUCUCACACUCUACUGCUGAAAGCUAUAAAUGCUCAAAAACUUUUAAGAAAAAAGAGUAAUUUAACUGUAUGUGCUUAUUUGGAGGUUCUACUUAUAAAUGGAAGUUAAUGAAUUCUUGGUUAAGGCUAAUAUGCUUUCCUUAACUAAAGUCAUUGUGCCUACAUUAUACAGUGUAUGCUAUUUUGCACCUGUCUAUCAUUAGUUCUUAUAUCAUUUAUGGUACUGUAGUUACGUAUAAAUUCUUAGUUGAGUACAAGAGCAGUUUAAAUACUGUAUCUGUGUUUUUUGGCUUCAGCCUAUAUUCUUGAUGUAGUUUAACCCCUUGAGAUAUAAUAUGUACAUGGUAAAACAUUUUUUUUUAGUAGACUUUGAUUCAAAUCUUAAAAAGCCAAGAAGUGAUCAUCUCUAAUGUGGUAUAACACAUCAUGGUCUUCUUGGCAUUGUAUUCUUGUGUAUGAACUGUGUUAGAACAGUUGCAGAGAACACUAGAUCUUAUGAAAUCAGUGAAGGGGUGAGAUAAUAUAUUGUGUCCGUGUAAUAUAAAUCAAGUUUUAAAUUAUUUUUUUAUGAAAUCGAUAAAAAUGAUCUUUGUGUAAUUUUAUGAGAAAGCAGCUAUUAAAGUACAGUGAUUCAAAUACACAAGGCAAUUUAUAUCCUAUACUUAGUUUUCCAUUCUAAAUAACACUAUCAACAAAUAUGUUAAUUGAAAAUAUAUUACAGACCAUUACCAUUUGUUGCUUUUCAUAAACAUUUAGUUUUGUGCUCCAUAAGGAAGCAAAAAUAUUAAAGGACAUGGCCUCAUGAGUAAUGCCACAGGUAUUUCAGAAAUAUCAAAGUCAAUCUAUAAAUGUAUAGUGAUAAUAUUUAUCUAAAAUAUCAUUUGCAAGACUUACAUGGAUCGUUUCUGAAAUGAGCAAGCACAGUGAGAUUUUCUUCCAUCUUUCAUUUUUUUCUUUAAUUUUUUUCUCAUCAUUGCAUCCAAAGAGUUAGGAAGAAAAUAUAUUAAGAAUGUAUUUAUAGUUACUAUUUUGAAAUAAAGUAGAGAGUAUGUAUUAUAUUGUUUUUACCCUAGUUCAAUUAUUUCUAUUUUAGAUUAAUUAAUAAAAACAGGUGAUGCUAUAAAAUCUAAUGUAAAUCACAGAACGAACAGUUCUAAUGAAUUUUGUUUGCUUUGAAUUACACCAAGGUAUUAGAACUUAUUAAAUGUCAUUUUUCUGGAACCAUUAAUAAAAUUGUUUGGUACAAAGUUAUUUCUUAAGCCACUGUUUGUUAAGUAUAUUUAUCUUUUCAUUGUUUUUCAGAAAAAAAUAAAUAAAACAGUCACCAAACUGAUUAUAUAACUCAAACUUAAGGGUGAUAUAUAUAUAUAUAUAUAUAUAUAUAUAUAUAUAUAUAUCUUUAUAAUACUGUUUACACUCAACCUAAUUUUUAAGCCUCUGUUAAAAGAUUUUUUUCUUUAUAAAUGUAGUUUCAAUCUGUAUUCCUUUGUAGUGGCAGUCCCUCAGAGAACAGUUGUCAGAGACUGUCAAAAUCAACAUACUCUGAUCCUUUUGUAUUCUCAUCAUUUAGAAUCCAACAUAACUUCAAAUGGGCAAAUAUUAGUAUUCAAUCUGAACUAUCAACUCAAAUAUUUUCAUAGAAACUUCAGAACCUCUACAUUCCAUAGCAAGCUUGACUCAUUUCAAGUUGCUUAGAUACUUAAUGACUAUUUCUAACUUAGCUUCUUUUAAGGUAACCAAAAAUAUCAGUCAAUUAUUUGAUAUAUUUUCUGUGGUUGGAAAAAAAUGAACGAAUUGCAUUAUUGUUAAAUUGAGUGCAGAAAAAAUAUCGAAAGACUGCCUAUGCCAUAAAGUGAUUUUAAUCAUAUAUUCUUAAGCUAAUUGAAAAAAGAGUGCACAGAAGUAUAAAAUGAGAUUUCUGUGGCUUUAUAACUAUACAUAAACUGUGCUGGAAGUUGGCGCAAUAUAGAUCAGAUUGGAAGCACAAGGUUCUCAACCACUCCAGUAUGUAGACAAGUGACAUCAAGUCAAGAGCCAUACUCAUGUUCAGUGUUCAUUCAAUUAGUUACAGGUCAGAUUAACUGAACUGAACUGUUGGCAGUGUCCCUUACUAGUAGUUUCAAGUUUAACUGACAAUUGUUAUCUCUCAAUUGCAGAUUUCUAGGGGAUCUCACUUUUGUUAAAUUAAAACCAAAUGGGAGAUUAAAUGAACCUAAAUAACUUAUUUGUUUUUUACAAAAGCUACGUGUAGUAUAAAUUUUAAUUUAAUUUUAUUGUAUUAUUUUCUUUAUUUAGUUUCUAGUGAUUUAUAGAAUAUCAUUGGAGAAGGAAAAAUUAAAGAAAUUGGCUCUAUUAUUUUUUAUAUGAAAUACUAUGAUAUUCUAUAAUUUUGCAAAACUUUUUUAUUUUGUUGUUCUUAUAUUUACACAGGGGAAAUGCAUUGAAGAUCUGAGGCAAUGGAAUACUUUGGGUCCAGAAAUUAUGACACUGGGAAUAUAAAAUAUCUGAGUUCCACAUUGUUUGGUAAUUACAAGUUACAAUUGCAAUAGAACCCAGAACCAAGAGAUAAUAAGUCAAUAUUCCACUAUAGUUUGCUUUUGUAGACAUUGCUUGCACAUAAUCACAAAUUCUAGCCAUUCUAAUAUUAUGAUAUAAUGGAAAAUUGCUUUAAAAUUUAUGAAUAAAUUCUUAGAGAGCUAAUGGGAGUAUGUAAUGAAUAAAUACCUGCCUUUACUUUUAAAUUGGCUAUAGAGAGACAAGGAAGUCUUUUAGAAUACCUGAACAAUGUAUUUCUUUCAGUUGGGAACUCACAAAAAAUUGUAUCAAAUGCUGUUGGUAAACAUCUAAGGAAUCCAUGUUGUGCAAUUGAUAUUAAUUAUGGAAACAUUUAAGAAUUGCAUUAAGCAUUGUCCUCCUUUCUAAGAAAUUACAAUGUAUAUUUACAUCAUUGUUUUAUGUGAACUAUGUGCUAAAAUUCUGGAGUUGGUAUGGAGUAACUUUAAUGCUGUUUUCAAGAAUAAAAGUCUUUUCUUAUAGGUCAUAUGUGUAGAAAUUCAGUGUUUUUAUUAGUCUGAUUUUAGCAAAGCUCAAGUACAAAGAGAAAUUCAAUUAAUUUGCUAUUUACUUGGUAUGAGUUACCCUAUUACUUUACAUAAAAUAAGUAUGAAAGUUAUAUCUGUACAUAUGCACAUGCACACAGAAAAUAAUACACACAAACA